GGCGGGAUCCUUGAGGCGCCGACGCGCGCCGCCAUUGCCGCUGCUGCUGCUGGGGCGAGUUGUUUGAAUGAAGGCGGAGUGCGCGUCCCGUGUCUCUCCGCGUCGCUCGAGCCCUCAGUUGGUGGUUUGCAUCUGAUUGAAGAACCUCGUGCUUCAUUUAAAACAUCUCUCAUCGUUGAUUCCAGUUGCUUUUACACCCAACCAUGUCAGGCAUUGCUUUGAGUCGGCUUGCUCAAGAGAGGAAAUCAUGGAGGAAGAAUCACCCCUUUGGUUUUGUUGCUGUGCCAAUGAAGAACCCUGAUGGGACUCUGAACCUCAUGAACUGGGAAUGUGCCAUUCCAGGCAAGAAAGGGACUCCAUGGGAGGGAGGCCAGUACAGGCUCCGGAUGCUAUUUAAGGAUGACUACCCCUCCACUCCCCCAAAAUGUAAGUUCGAGCCCCCGCUGUUCCACCCCAACGUGUAUCCCUCGGGAACCGUGUGCCUCUCCAUCUUGGAGGAGGAGAAAGACUGGAGGCCGGCAAUCACCAUCAGACAGAUCUUGCUGGGAAUCCAGGAGCUGCUCAAUGAGCCCAACGUGCAGGACCCAGCGCAAGCAGAAGCCUACACCAUUUACUGCCAAAAUAAGGUUGAGUAUGAGAAGAGGGUGCGUGACCAGGCCAAGAAGUUUUCUCCAGCCUGAGCGACUUUCAAGCACAACUAGACCCUUGCGCCCACAUCCCAUCUCCCCUUCCACCUAAUCUCGCCCCACCCACCUCUCCAUCUCCGUUACACGGCAGUACCCUUGAGCCAGCCAGCCAGCGAGGCUUAGACUACAACAAACCGAACCCUUCAAGAAAGUCGGUGGGUUCAGUCAACGGUCAAUGUAAGAAACUGGUCCUGUUUGUGAAGCAGAAACCAAAACAGCAGGUAGAGGGUACUUGAGGGUAGAAAGUGGCAGUGAUUUGAGUCGAGGUAUCUCGCAUGACUAAGUUCACUUAAAUGUUUUGGUUUGCGUAAGAGGUGCUGAGGCUUGUUCUCUAGCUGGAAGACUCGCAAGCACAUAGAUUUAGGGGGCAUAUUUUUCCAAAUAAAUGUUUUUUUAUACAAUGAUUGAGUAGUUUCAUUUAGUUUUAAUAGAACCAGAAGCUGUAAUCCCAUUUGGUUUUCCAAAUAAUCUCACACCAGUUCAUCAAGGGCCAACUUUCCACAUCAGAUAUCUAUUCUAUAAUGAAAACAAAAAACAAAUUUCAAAGAGUGGUCAGCUGGUAGAAUUAUAAUGCUUUUAAGGGAAUAGUUAUGCCAAGUAAUUUCCAGUUGCUGCUAGUUGUAACAGCAAGCUGUGAUUGGGAUACAUUUUAAGAGAAUUGAAACUGGCAGUAAGUCGUAACCUUCAUUGGUGUUCCCUGAAAGUGUUAACCGCAAACACAACUCUAGCACAUUAUGGCAACCGACAUGUGAAUUUAACCCUUUCUAGAAGUCCUUCAUCUACAACCUGGUGUAUGUGCAGUGUAAGUGACUCUUUUAAAAUAAUUGUCUUUAAGUUUUGCACAUUUUGUCAAUUGCAUUGGCUGUGAUAUUUCUUAAAAACUGGUAUUGACCAACAUUGAUGCAUUUCACUGCACAUACUGCAUGCAUAAAAAACGGUUGUGUUUUUAUUUGUGCGAUUUCAUUUUGUCUGCAGAGAAAUAACAAAAUGACAAGCAAUCUAAAAAAAAAAUUUGAAUGUGGAUUUACAAUUUCAAAGUGUGAUGCUAUUUUCAUUUAUGCAUCCAUAAUAAAGGUUUUUGGGUUAGAUGGCGUUAUUUAUAAAUGUGUCGCAACCCUCCACCACCCGACACGGCCAAUCAGUAAAAAAAUGUGUAACGUUGACAAACGACAAAUAGUUCACUACUUUAGCCCGCCGGUGUGUUGAGUGAAUCCACAACAUCCAGCGAAACGUCGUACUAAAAAAUGUUGAAUGUUGUGGAUUCACUCUUCAACACACCGGUGGGCUAAAGUAGUGAACUAUUUGUCUGUUGUCAACGUGACACAUUUUUUGCUGAUUGGCCGUGUCGGGUAGUGGAGGGUUGCGACACAUUUAUAAAUAACGCGAUCUAACCCAAAAACCUUUAUUAUGAUUAAUAUUGCUCGCGAAAGCCUACGUGUUAAACUUAAUGUACGCAUAUUGACAGAGUUGAUGCAAGGAUACAAGAUGCAGAAACAUGACAGGCCCGGGCAUUGUUGAACACGGUACAUUACCACGUAUAAUUAUUAGGCAUUUCAAAUGUAUAAAACAUGGUCUACACAAGCAGGGCAAACAAUUGGCAUUUUCAUAUCUUGCAGUUGAUAGCAACAUGCAACAUGUGCACUGGUAAACUCCAAAGUUCUUGUAGAAUGCUACUUGCAUUUUCGCAGGGGGAUCCCUGUCCGACUACAGAGGUACUGUGGCCUCCUGUUAUCUCUCGGCUCAACUGUUGAUCCCACAAAGAACUAACAAAAGUGACAUUUGAACUUCAUUUGGUCUUAGCUCAAUUUAGACAAGCUAGUGAAGUGAAUUCUCAUAUAGCUUAAAUGUGUUGUACAGGUAGGAACAACAGGUUCCACACUGCCCACCAGGGAUUAUUUGUAUGGUCGUGCACAAAUGCGCUGUCCAACCAAGUUCCUACCUGCCCACUCCGAAGGAACGUGUUUUGAUGUACAAGCAAAUAUUAAUUGACUGGGCUUCCACUGAACUCCGAAUCAACCUUAUAGUUACGAAUUAGUAAUGUGUGAUUUUUGUUUGUUCUUUGUGAAAUCAUCGAUGCUUGGGCCAAGAUCUCAAGGCCCAUUAUUGGGCUCUGUAUCCUGAUAGGGAUGCCCUAAGCCACCUCAGUACCUCUUGCCGCUAAGUGCUUUGGAGUUAAUCGACGCACAUGCGUGUAUGUUGCGGGUCGCUUUCAACGGCGGUGUAUGGAAAUGGCACUUGUUUAGCCUGCUUGUGUUGACAGCGUUUUGGCCAUUUUAAAUGUCAAAGAAAUAUACCCGGUGAUGCUCCGUGUUCAACUGUAUGCAGCCCUCUAAAUGUAUUACUUCUGCAUCUCGUAUGCCUGCAUCAAUAGUUCGAUAUAACAUUGAUAACAAUAGUUACUAAGCCACUUUGUAACUAUAAUGUUGAGUCUUUGAAUUGCUCACAGGAGGUUUCUUUCGAUGGUAUGGAGUUUCUUGACUGACAACAGCUGAGUUAUGUUUGGGGUGGGCUGUAUUAAGUUACAGUAAUUUUAGCAAAUGUGGUGCUGGAUAUAACCAAUUGGGUGGCAGAUAGGUCAGACAACACAAACAUUUCACGUUUUGGUUAAUGUUUUCUUAAUAUGAAUUCUCGUAUUUUUGUUGACAUGAUCCGCACCAUUGAAUAAUGCAGUAAUUACUCAGGAAUUACUUGCCAAUUAGAUUCUUGCUUUUUUUACCUGGAAAUAGCAUAAAUCCAGCUAUCCAAACCCCCCCAUUGUUUCCAAUAGCAACUUUGAAUGUUUUUUAAAUGCCCCUUAACCUAUUAUGCUCGUAUACAACUGCUCAAUUCGCUCAGUUUUAAGAAUGCUCAAUUUUAACUAAAAAUAAAGGUUAUUUGCUUGCUAAUUUAAGGUAUUGAGUUUUCAAUCGUGGAGAAGUUGCUUAUCUAACCACGUACAUUGCCCCUUUAAAAAAAAGCCCGACAUACAACAUGUGCAACGUGUACCAUUCAUGCAGUUGUCUCAUUGAUCUGCAGAUCACCGAGAAUGUUUGUUCACUUCCAUUUGAAAAUGUGGCCCUGACUGGGCAGUCAUCACGGGACUGCUCAGGGUGAGAUUCUUUUAUAGCUGCUGCUGCAAUUUUUCUAUUUGUACAUUUUGUCCAGCCACUUGUCCGCCACUGAAUAAAAUGCUGGCAGACAGUAUUAUCCUAAAUGUUCCCUCCCCCCCCCCAAGGCAUCUGCUUAGGUUGGAAGGUGGUGUCUCUUCCCCCCCCAUUUUCCGUAUUUGCGAGCGGCGGCGAUUGUAAGUUGGGCAGUAGGAUUAAAAUAUUUUGGUUGAAAGAUGCAUUCGGAUCAUUUUGUAAAGUGUUCCGAUUUCAUUGACCUGUGGUAACACUUAAUGAUUUGAAGAUGACGUACAACGUUUUUUUUUCUUUUUCCAAACGUAGAUUAGAGUUAGGGGUAAGCCAUCAACAUUUCCCUUUAUACGGGAUGCUGACGGUUAAAAUGGGUCCUUUGGCUUUCGCUGUCCCAUGCAGAUUGGCUGCAUUGCUCCUCCAUCCCCCCCCUCUCUCCCGAACUCUUCUGCUGUGUAUACUGUGUGGUAGUGUAGGCGACUGAGUAGAGCUGCUGCAAUCUCUUCAAUUUUGUUUUCAUUUGACCACCUGUGUUGUGUUUUAUACCUUAUAUUUUGUUACUGUCUAUACUUGAAAGAAUUCUUUUUGUACAAAGUGUAGUCUUUAAGAAAUGUUAGUGUACCGAGAUGUUUCUUUAAAUUUUUUUUGAAUAAAGAACGAAACAUC